AUGCCAGAAGAAUUGUCACAACAAAUCCCUUAUUUGCAUGCCUUGAUUCGAGCUUUAGGUAUUCCAUUACAUACGCUUCCAGGUGCUGAAGCGGAUGACAUCAUUGGAACCUUGGCAAAACGUGCUGAAAAAGCCGGUCAUCAAGUUUUGAUUUCUACGGGUGAUAAAGACAUGGCUCAGUUGGUCACGGAUAAAGUGACCCUCGAAGACAGUUUUAAAGACAAACCGAUGGAUGUCGAUGGUGUAAUCGAAAAAUUUGGCGUCCGUCCAGAUCAAAUUAUUGAUUAUUUAACCUUGAUGGGUGAUGCCUCUGAUGGUAUUCGUGGUGUACCUGGUGUUGGUGCAAAAACGGCCGCUAAGCUGUUAAAUGAAUAUGUGGCUUUUGAUGCCAACGAUGCUUAUUACAUCCCUUUGGCACAUGAUUAUGAAGGUGCACCUGAGCAACUCAAUCGUGAUGCAAUUAUUCAGCAGAUCAAACCGAUUCUUGAAGAUCCAAGCUGGUACUUUGACACCAUGCUGGCCUCUUAUGUCUUGAAUGCAGUAACAACACGCCAUGGUGCAAAACAAAAGACCUUUAAUCAAAUCGAGAUUGAAACCGCUGGACAUUAUGCAGCAGAAGAUGCGCAUGUCACUUACCGUCUUUAUGAAGUUUUAGAACUAGCCAGUGUUUUGGCGACCAUGGAAGAAAAUGGGAUUGAACUUGAUCUAAGUUUCUUGGAUCAGCUCAGUGUGGACUUUGCCAAUACCAUUCAAAAUCUUGAAAAUCAAAUUAUCGAAAUCGCUGGUGAAUCUUUUAAUGUCGGCUCACCCAAACAACUUAGAAGUACCUAUACCGAAGCCUUAGUCAAACAAGCCAAUCCCGAUACCCACCGCGUACAUACCAGUUACCAUCAAGCCUUAACAGCAACAGGUCGUUUGUCUUCAACCGAUCCAAAUCUACAGAACAUUCCGAUACGUGAAGAAAUUGGUCGUCAGAUUCGUAAAGCCUUUAUUGCACCUCAAGGGCGUGUACUUUUGGCAGCCGAUUAUUCACAAAUUGAAUUACGUUUAAUGGCGCAUUUCUCACAAGAUGAUGCUUUGGUUGACGCCUUUCAAAAUGGGCAAGAUGUACACCGUCGUACAGCAUCUGAGGUCUUGGGUGUCGCGCUGGAAAAUGUAACCUCUGAUCAACGCCGCCAAGCCAAAGCCGUUAACUUUGGUUUAUUGUACGGUAUGUCUGAGUUUGGUUUGAUUCGUCAACUGGGCUUUACUCGUGAAGAAUCGCAAAACUAUAUUAAACAAUACUUCCACCGUUAUCCGGGUGCGGAACGUGCUGCGAUUAAUGCACCACUUCAAGGCUCUGCGGCUGAAAUCAUUAAAAUGGCGAUGAUUGAAGUCAAUAAAAUCCUCCCCCAAGAUCAGGCCAAACUUUUACUUCAAGUACACGAUGAAUUGGUGUUUGAAGUUGAUGAGGCUAUUGCAGAUCAAUUGGCUGCACAGAUUAAAGAUGUGAUGCAAAAAGUCGUUACCUUAUCAGUACCAAGAAAUAUGCAGGACCAGAACCAGAAACAGCAGUUACAGCAUCAAUCUGUGCUUCAGAACUCACCCAAAGCGUUAAACCUGUCGCAGCAAGUACUUGUGUUGCCAAUUCGCGGUCUUUAG